AUGGUUCAGAACGGAGGUGACUUCGACCUCGACAUCGACAUGGCUACCAACGUCACGGCCGAACAGCUGCUCGCUCAGCUUGGUCAACUCCAGCAGCGGAUCCAGGAGUUGGACCAGAGAGACAAGGCUGCUCAAGCUCGAAUCAAGGAACUCGAGAACCGCGAAAAGUACUCGCAGAAGUUGGAAAUUGCGGCCAUCGACGAAACCACCAAGAACGUCACCGAAGUAGCAGCCACGAGCUACGAAGACAAGGACAGUGACACGGACAGUCUCGGACACGACGGCAACGGUGAAGACGAACAAGCACCGUACUCCGAACUGGUCACUGUGGACCCAGAGACAGGUCUUGCCGAAUGGGACAUGGCAGGAGAGUAUGCGCCGCCAAUUUCGAUUCUCCCAAUCUUGAGGCAGUGGGGUUUCACAGUCACGCAGAGGCGGGAUGGAUCGUGGACAACCGACACCCAAGGAAUCGAAAGACCCGGACCCAAUGCUCUAUUCCUCCAGGAACGAAUCGAAUGGUACCGCAACGAAGUUUUCCGACUCAACACGGAACUGCGCGAACGGGAUGGGCGCUUGACUCGACUCGCCCAGCAGAGCGAUGAGAUGAAGGACGAAAUGAGGGAACUCCGACGUAUCGUGGAAACCAUCAAAGGGGAACAGCCUGUGACAUAUGAUGGGCCCGAUAGCUACGCCGAGCACUUUGACGAUCAGCAACUCAGCCACGACGUACGGAACCCCGAGUACCAGUUCAUGCGCGCGAACCGCGGAAAAGAUGAGCGUACGUGGGAAAGCUACUGGAAGAAACACUCCUAUGUCAGCACUGGAGUACCUACGGUCCACGUACAGUGGGAAGGAUUCGGGAAAGAGUUCCAAUACCUUCCAGGCGACGCCACGCGACUGCACCCUCGACACGAGGCACAUGCGCAAGUGCCCUGGUUCCAGUGUGUGGCACACGAAUGCCGAUACCACUUCCGCGACAAAUUCGAAAACAACCACUGGCCGACCCGACAGGAGAACGGGGACGGAGGCUUGUGCCCUGUGGAAUGGGUCUACGAUGCAGGAAACAGAGCGGCCGAAUUGCUUUGGAAGAUCGAAGCCCGCGAUCUAGAAAGCAUCACGAUAGUUCCAAGACGAGCCUGGCCUAGGCACUGCGGAACCGGACGAGACACAUGGGACUCGUGCUGGAGCAACGAUUGCCUCUAUCACGCGGACGAAAAGAAAUUGCGAAUUCGGGAGCUUCAGAUGAAGCUAUGGCACGCACGACGGAAAGCAGAACGGACCCAAUGGUGGGAAGCCGCAAGCACUCAAUGGCUCACGGAAAUGAGCACGAUCGACGAAGCCGCUAUCAGCCGAACAACCGAAGAGGUCAGCACUGACCUGGGAAACGGGUCAGGGCCCUUCGAGGGGCCCGGAAACCAUUAA